CAGGUUUUUGGGCCGUUGACAAGUCAACUCGCUUGAAGCACGUUCUCCGGGAAUUUAUUUCCCCUUUCUUUGUGUACUGUAUAUCCUUCAAACAUUCUCACUCCGCAGUCUUCACUCCACACGUCCAAGACACCCGCACUCGUGUUGUAGGAAUGCAUGGGACUCACAGUCAUGGACCAGCCGGGCUCUCUCGCCAUUCAUCCGUCUAUAUGUAGCACUGAGCGCGAGAGAAUCCGGGAAUUAUCUAGGUACUAUUGUGCCUUAGAUUGCCCGCGGUCCCUAUCGACCCCAACGGCCGACGACGAGGGGCUCGAAUCGGCUCAGACUGCGUCAAAGGGGGACGAACAGCCGUCGGUCGGUAGUCUUUCGACCGAUAUCACGUUGACGGCGCUGGCGCAGCUGGGAGUACAUCGUUUAGCAUGCAAUCGGUCCUAUGUUUCGAUCAUCGACGGCGAUAAGCAACACAUCAUCGCGGAAGCUACAGCAUCGAUUUCCCUGCGAGAUGAAAACAAGCACUUACCAAACGAUGGAAUCUAUCUCGGGGCGCGAAGUUUGGAUCUCAGCUUUGGCAUCUGCCCGCAUGCAAUCAGCGUGUUUACAGGAAGAGACAUGUCCUACGCCGUCGACACCGAAAACAUCACUGCCAAUCGGACUCGCUACAUUGUCCACGAUCUCAGACAGGAGGAGGCCUUCCGAAAUCGCCCGUACGUUCAAGCAUGGCCAUACAUGCGAUUCUAUGCGGAAGUACCGUUGUAUAGCCCUUCCGGCUUCGUCCUCGGAUCCUACUGCGUGAUCGAUGACAAGCCCCGGACGGAAUUUGGCGAAGAUGCCGUGAGCACACUGAGAGAGGUUGCCGAUGCUGUGGCACGGCAUUUAGAGCAUGUUCGCAUAGUCCACUGUCACCGUCGCUCCGAGCGUCUGAUCAAGGGAUUGACCAAUUUUGUGAAAGACCAUGCAGACUUUGACCCGCGCGAAGUAUCCAAUGAUCAUCGACUCGAAGCAAUGGCCAUCGCUUCCAACGUCGGCGCCUCGACUCCAGAUGAGAAAGCGGGGCCUCUAGAAUCGACAUUAAACCACCAGUUCGGCUUUGUGACGUCUUCCUCCAGCAGCCUCUCCGAAGAGCCUUCUCCCUUGUUCUUCGCGGGUCCAGCCUCGGGGCCGACCGAGCCGUCCUCCCUCCACUCCGACCGUCGGUCUUACCCGGGCGAAGACAAGUCCAUUGACGAGGUUCUCAAAGCCGGUCCUCGGCCAUUGGAGGAAGUAUCGAACAAUGCUUCUCAACUCUCUUUGGCGGAGAGCAGUUCGUUAGGGGAUCGUAUCGAACGCAUCUUCGAGAGAGCCAGUGUGUUGCUCAGGAAGUCAAUGGACCUUGAUGGCGUAGUCUUCCUCGACGCAGCUCGAAGUAAUCCCUCAUUCCUGCCUCCGGACGAUCAGCCUGGCUGGGAGCCAUUGCCCAAGACCGCCGUACCCGAGUUUCCUGUUGCGCCGUAUCCAAGUCCCCUGGGACGUUCGCCAACGUCUUCUAAAAAAUCAGACCUGUGUUGCGACAUCCUGAGCAAGUCAUUGAAAGUCAGAAAAGGCGAAACUCUCGAUGCAAAAGCCGACAUUACCUUCCGGGAGGAUCUUCUGAACUUGCUGGUUACUACGUUUCCACAGGGUCAAAUCUUCAAUCUGGACGAAUCUUCAGAUAGUGAGGACUACUUGUCUUACGAAUCGGGGGUGAAUGAUUCGGAGACCCAAGACAAACUCAUGCAGAUGGCUACGCGGCAGCUCAGCCAGAUUCUACCUGCUGCGAACUCGGUUCUGUUCUUCCCACUGUGGGAUCAUAACAAAUCUCGUUGGAUGGCCGGCACGCUUGUCUGGACACAGGACAACCACCGAGCUCUGGGAAUCGAAGAACUUCACUAUUUCAAAAUUUUCGGCGACUCAAUUGUCUCCGAGGUUUCUCGAGCACAUUGGGCGACAACCGAAAAGUCCAAAUUCGAUUUUAUCUCUUCCAUCAGCCAUGAGCUUCGGUCCCCACUCCACGGGAUCUUGGCUAGUGCAGAAUUGUUACAGGCGACGUCUCUUGAGCCAGCGCAAGAGGAAAUGGUCAAGAUGAUCGAGGCCUCUGGGUUGACUUUGUUGGAUACCACUGAUCAUUUGCUCGAAUUCUGCAAGAUUAAUAACCUCACUCAAGUCAAGAGGUCACGAAAAAAGAAGAAGACCAACAGCGAAGAGUCCAGCUUGGUGUCUGACUUCCAUCUCGGACACUUAGUUGAAGAAGUUGCCGACAUCUUGUAUACGGGACAAAAUGCCUCCGAGAUCGUGUCCCAGACUGUGCAGGCGUCCUCAUCGGAGCGUGCGCGGGCUGCUUCCUUUUCUAACGACAAUCUGACAGCAGAUAUGUCCGUGAUUAUUCGAAUCGAGCAGCGCAACUCUUGGCUCAUUCGAUCCUUGCCUGGCGCGUGGCGGAGAAUCGUGAUGAAUCUUCUGGGCAACUCGAUCAAAUGGACCAAGUCGGGCUUUGUUGAAGUAUCUUUAUCAAAAAUGAGGAACCCGAUCGAGCCCCGUACGCCAAUUGCGCAUUUGUCAAUCACCGACACCGGCAGCGGUAUUGCGCCUGACUUUCUCCGACAUAAGCUGUUCUCUCCUUUUACCCAGGAAGACUCCCUCUCGGAAGGAGUUGGGCUUGGUCUAAGUAUCGUUCGUCAGCUAGUUGCUUCCUUUAAUGGCCACGUGAACGUCAAGAGCGAGGUUGGUGUUGGGACUCAAGUCGACGUCUACAUCCCAGUAGAACUUGUUAACACUCCAGAAACAAGCCCAGCAUCUUGUCCGUCUCCUUUGAGAGUUGAACACGGCCCCGAAUCACCGCUGCGAGCGUGUUUGGUUGCCUUUAAUGGAUAUCCGGAUUUGCAAGAAACGCCAACUGGAAUGCUGAGUCUGGAAUCGAAGCGAAAGUUGUCCAUCCAGAGUACGCUUGCCGAUGUGUUCAUGUCUCACUUCGGUUGGUCUGUCUCUUUAGCGGAGACUCUCAGCAAAGGGCAGGGGGAUAUUGCAGUCAUCGAAGAGGCAGUUCUGAGAAAGGAAGCGGAAGGUCUUGAAUCACUGGAUCAACUGGCCUUGAUGCAUGGGUUCAGGUUCUUCAUCGUGUUGGGAAGUAACGCUUCGUUCUUUGAAACUUUCCUCGCUCCGAAUUUCGUCUGGGUUUCGCAGCCGUUCGGACCGCAGAAAAUCCAAAGUGCGAUUCAGAAGAUUCUGGACUUGGGAAAACUCCAACCUGCGCCAGACACUCUCCCGUCGAUGGCCCUUCGGCCCUUGCUUUUACGUUCCGAAAUCCAGUCUUCCUCCACACCCGAGAGUCUGCCCAUGACGAUGCCUCCCUCUCCGGGUCCACGUCGGAGUCUCGCACACUCCCAUGCCCUGCCGAUCCGCCCAUCCCACGAGCCGCGGGACGUCCACGUUCUUCUCGUUGACGACAACGACAUCAACCUCAGGAUCCUGGCUACAUUCAUGCGCAAAAUCGGCUGCAGCUACGAAACCGCUUCCAACGGCCUGAUCGCACUGGAGAAAUACAAGGCCUCAAAACGGCGGUUCGACUUUGUUCUGAUGGACAUCUCAAUGCCCGUCAUGGACGGCCUAGUUUCCACCAGCAAGAUCCGCCAACACGAGAAAGAAACCGGUCUCGAACCUUCCUGCAUCAUGGCAGUCACCGGUGUCGCCUCGGACGCUAUGCAACAACAAGCCCUCACAGCCGGGAUUAACGACUAUUUGAUUAAGCCCCUUUCACUUCAAGAGUUGAAGAAGAUUAUGAGCGUUACGUGAUACCAUAUUUAGUGGGCGUUUAGUGAAUUUCAAAAUUUUGAUCAAAGCGUUGGUAUCUGGGUUUAUUUGUACCUCUCUAUAUCCUAAUUAGUAUCCUUGCAUAUCGUGAUUACCUGAAUCCUACUAGAGAACUGUGGCGCUGGUCAGUCCGGUCUCUGCGACAUCUCUCUUUCGUUGAUGAGGCUAUUGCUUCAGCUUCUCGCUUG